UGUAAAAAGUAAACAUGUCUAAAGUUUUGUGUGAAUAAAACCUUAAAAACAACCAUCCCUGCGCUUUGUCAGGGAGGAAAAGUGUUGCAUGGGAUCGAGCAGUUCCAGGAGACGUAGAAGAAUGAACGAAGAUAGGUCUGGCUCAGACGCGAGCGGUGGUAGUGGCCCUGAUCGUGACGCUUCAAAUGGCAGUGCCAGUGGAAAUGAAGAUCGUUCAGAACUUGUGACAUUGAUAUCUUAUCUCAUUCGAAGUGGUCAGGUACGGCUUAUCCCAUCUGGUUCAACAGAUGAUGAAGAUGAUGAUGACAUUGAAGAUAACGAAUUUGUUGAGAGUGUGCGCCCACCAAAAGUAGAGGGCAAGCCAGACACAGCUCUAAUGGACUCAAGCGAUUUGAAGCAAGAAGUCACCCUGAACUCCGGCAGGUUUAGAACCCCAUCUCAGCGAUGUCAGCCUUCUGUCAAUCACAUGCUUCAACGGAGAGAAGUUGGCAUGCGAGGCAAACAGCAAUUCAGUCGUGGAGAUCAGUGUAUUCUUUCUUCCAAUUUUCUGCCCAACCAGGUAACUGUGGUUGCCAGAUACCCCCAUAAAGCAUUUUGUGGUACCUACUCCGAGGAUGGAAAUGUCUUUCUUAGUGCUUGUCAAGAUCAGUACAUACGAGUGUAUGACACAACAAAUGGUCGUUUUAGGCAGUUCAAGGCUGUGAGAGCUAGAGAUGUUGGAUGGAGUAUCAUCGAUGUAGCGUUCAGUCCUGAUGGUCACUACUUUAUUUAUUCAAGUUGGUCUGAAUUCAUUCACAUCUGUAACGUACAUGGCGAACAUGAGACUCAUGAGGCCCUCAACUUGUGUCCAGAAGACAGCCGAUUUUGUAUAUUUUCAUUGACUUUCUCGCAAGAUAAUCGAGAAAUUAUGGGAGGUGCUAAUGAUGGUUGUCUAUAUGUGUAUGAUAGAGAGCUCAACCAAAGGACAUUAAAGAUUGACGCGCAUGAAGAUGAUGUUAAUGCUGUGGCUUUUGCUGAUGCUUCGUCACAUAUGUUAUUCAGUGGUGGUGAUGAUGGUUUAGUUAAGGUAUGGGAUCGGCGGUCGCUACGGGAGGACAACCCGGAGCCUGUUGGUGUAAUGGCGGGCCACUGGGAUGGGAUAACCUACAUUGAGAGCAAGGGUGAUGCUCGAUACCUGCUGUCUAAUUCUAAAGACCAGAGUAUAAAGCUGUGGGAUGUGAGGAAGUUUGCAACUACAGAAGCUCAGCAGGCAACCAAACGAGCUGUGGCCAGACAAACUUGGGAUUAUCGAUGGCAACAGUUUCCUAGAAGAGUAAUACGCAAAAAGGUGAUACCGGGUGAUACAUCGAUCAUGACAUACCGAGGCCACAGCAUACUCUACACAUUGAUAAGGUGUCACUUCUCACCGGAGUUUACGACUGGUCAACGCUAUAUAUACACAGGUUGUGCAACUGGUGGACUCAUCAUUUACGACACUUUGACGGGUGAUAUUGUGAAGCGUUUAGAAGGGCCCCGAGCGUGUGUUCGUGAUGUGGCGUGGCAUCCCUUUGAGCACAAUAUCAUGACUGCAUCGUGGGAUGGUACUAUCGGUAAAUGGUAUCAUGAAAAAGAGCCAGAUACAGAACCAAACUUGACGUCCGAUGAAAGUGAUGAUGAUACGGACUCAGAUGAGGGCAUGGGAUUACGAAGGAGUAAACGAUUACGCAAUAAGUCGCGAGGAAAUACAGGAGGAUUUCUUGGAUUAUUUUCAUAACAAUGCCUGCAAUUGUGCAAUCAGACUCUGAGCUGGUUCAGGCUUCUUGGGCAAUUUUCGCACAAAACAGCCAGAGGUGAUUCUGGUGGACUUCUUGGACAGUGUCUGUAUUGUAAUGGGGUCUUCAUACAUGUACAAGUAUAGACUUUGAGAUUGAAACAGAGUGUUUGGUAGGAAUUUAAGUUAUGAAUGGGUUAUUCUUUGUCUGGUGCAUUAUCAGUAAUUAAGUAAUAUUGUAAAUAAGUUCUAUUUUUAUGGAUUUUUAAAUCAUGUGAGAAAUUGUGUGGAGCCUGGAGGUCGCAAUAGUUCCUGCUGUUGGUAAUGGAGUUUUUCCUCUUAGUGUUAUUGAGCUGAAUUUACCAACCAUUUAUGCAUGUACAUGUACCUCUUCAGAGAAAUUGGGUUAUGCUUGCUUAGUUGAUCUUUUUAUGCAGUUUUGCAUACGGGUAUCUGGCUGUGAUCAUUGAGUUGAAUAAAUUUUCCACCACAAUUAAAGUUGGGAAGUUAUUGAAAUUGAGCUCAGUGUGCUUUUGGCCUUGAAAAGUAUUUUGUUGAAGUCCAAGUCACAAUUGACAUACACGCACUGCCUCUUUACCCUAAGCUGCGUACAGCCUACGCCCUGGUGUCGAAUUCUGAGUGCAGCUCACUGGUUGCGUGCAUAUCGCUGUGUGAGCAUGUAAGUUGCACUCACCUCUCAUGGUGAUUACGUAGAUCAUGGUUGGAUUAUUUGUGCAACAUACGAGCCAAGUCUACAUUGCACAUGUAUACAAAUUUAGGGACGUCAAUUGUGACUUGAACUGUGCUUGUAUAACACAACAGAAAUGGUAAACUGCCAAAUUUUUGGAGGGGUUUAUUUUUGUGGAUUACAUUGAUUCACAAAAUAAAAAUUGUGAAUGCAGUGAUUUGCAAAAUAGUUGAGAAUGGGGAAAUAAAAAAUCUGCCAAAAUGAAAUUGUGAAAAAGAUUCUGUUAGUGAUAUUUGUGACAUGAAAAAUGCCAAGUAUGAAAGUAAGAUUAUAAUAAAAGAUUCGAAUCUAAA